GGCACACAUACACACACUGCACACCAUUCACGCCACACACACACUCUCACAAACAAGCCACAUUUUCUCAGGCUGCUCCGCAGACUGACAGCAGAAAACGUAGGAGGAGAGAAGAGAAAGAGAGAGUGAGAAAAGGAAACAAGGGAAAUAUCAACCGAGCCAGAAGAGGAGAGUCAAUCAGCAGUUAUCCUCUCUCUCCAUUCACUAUUAUAUUAAAACACGGGGAAUAUAGAACUCUUCAUUAAUCUGUAACUGAACAGGGACCUGCUCUGCUCUGUUCUGUUCUGCUGAGGGACCUGCUCUGCUCUGCCGAGGGACCUGCUCUGCUCUGCCGAGGGACCUGCUCUGCCGAGGGACUUGCUCUGCUCUGCCGAGGGACCUGCUCUGCCGAGGGACUUGCUCUGCUCUGCUGAGGGACCUGCUCAUUCUCCAGGACUAUGGCACCACAUCUGAGACAUGGAGUCUCUGUCUCUCUUUCACAGCUUCCUUUCCUUUCUCUCCUUCUCUCCCUCUAUUUCCUGACGGUCGCAGGGUUCAACCUGGAUACUACCAUGACUCUGACCAAGGAGGGGGAGGCUGGCAGCUUUUUUGGAUUCUCUCUAGCACUUCACCAGCAACUCACACCAGAACCACACAGUUGGAUCCUGGUGGGGGCUCCGCGGGCCAGAGGACUGGGCGUGAUGCGGAGGCAGCGCCCUGGCGCCCUGUACCGCUGUCCAAUCACAGGCGAGGAGUUUGACUGCGAGCGCGUGGACAUCGAUGGAGACGUAAACCUCGACCAGGAAAGCAAGGACAACCAGUGGCUAGGAGUGACAGUCAAGAGCCAGGGGAUUGGAGGAAAGGUGGUGACGUGUGCCCACCUGUACGAGCUACGUCAGCGUGUGAGCCAGCCGUUGGAGACGCGAGACCCCAUCGGGCGUUGCUACGUGCUCAGUGAGGACCUGACAGAGAGGGACGAUCUGGAUGGAGGGGAGUGGAAGUUCUGUGAGGGGCGACCCCAGGGACACGAACAGUUUGGCUUCUGUCAGCAGGGCCUGUCUGCCGCCUUCACACCUGACAACCAAUAUAUCAUGUUCGGAGCUCCUGGAACAUACAACUGGAAAGGAGAGAUGCGUGUCCAGCUACUAAACCAGACUCUACUGGAUCUGGGUUUCUAUGACGACGGGCCCUAUGAGGUGGCGGAUGAGAAACAGCUGAAUGCUCAGCUGAUCCCUGUUCCCUACCAUAGUUACCUGGGCUUCUCAGUGGACUCUGCUAAGGGCAUAAUGAGUCGUGGCGAGCUGACCUUUGUGGCGGGGGCUCCGAGAGCCAAUCACACAGGAGCGGUGGUGCUGCUGCGUAAAGACAACGUGUACCGCCUGGUGCCACAGCACAUCCUGUGGGGAGAGGAACUGGCUUCUUCCUUUGGCUACUCUGUGACUACGGCUGAUCUCAACAGUGACGGCUGGACAGACCUGAUAGUGGGAGCUCCUAACUACUUUGACAGGAAAGCGGAUAUCGGAGGUGCUGUGUACGUCUUCCUCAACCCAUUCGGUAACUGGGAGUAUGCUCGACCAAUCAGGCUCAACGGAACCUAUGACUCCAUGUUUGGAUUGACCGUCAACAAUGUGGGAGACUUGGACAGGGACGGAUAUGAUGACAUUGCUGUGGGGGCUCCGUUCGAUGGAGAUGGCAAAGUGUUCAUCUACCGAGGCUCAUCCUCAGGCAUCGACACCAAGCCUGCACAGAUCCUGGAUGGAGUGGACGAGGGGGUGAAGAGGUUUGGCUACUCCAUCUCAGGAGGCCUGGACAUCGAUGGGAACCUGUACCCUGACCUGGCUGUAGGCUCUCUCGGUGAUAAGCUAGUUCUGUACAGGUCUCGCCCAGUCAUUCAUGUGAUCCGGGACGUAUCCAUCGAACCUCAGCAGUAUAUUGACUUGGAGCAACACAACUGCAAGGGGAGAGAUGGAGUUUGUGUGGAGGUCAAAGCCUGCUUCACCUAUACUGCUUAUCCUGAGACCUACUCACCAGACAUCACUCUGGUCCUACUCAUUGAGGCUGACACCGAGCGCAGGAAGCUGGGCCUGCCCCACCGUGUUAGCUUCCUGGGUCAAAGUGCACAGGCGGCGGAGUACACACACACUGACGAGGUGGAGCUGAAGGGUCAACGUCAUCCCGCCUGCCAGAGCGCCACCUUCCAACUAAACGAGAAUAUCCGUGACAAGCUGCGUCCCAUCUCUCUGGCCAUCACCCAUACCAUCAGACCCCCCAUGUUCUCCUCAGACACUAACCCAGAGGAACGAGACACGCUACCUCCUGUACUGAGUGUUGCCACCUCCAACACCCUGCACUCUGAGGUGAAUUUCCUGAGGGAAGGCUGUGGUGAUGAUAAGAUCUGUCAGAGCAACCUGAAGUUGACCUACCAGUUUGGAACCCGACCUAUCACCUCUGACCUCUUCACCCCUCUGCCAAGGGACGAUGAAGAGGUGGCGGUGUUUUCUCUGUCUGACCAGAGGUCUGUGGUGUUGGAGGUGACCGUCACCAACAUGCCCUCUGACCCUCUGUACCCAGAGGAAGACGGAGAUGAUGCCCACGCCGCCCAGCUACUGGUGAACCUUCCGGACACCCUGUCCUACUCUGGCUUCAGGGGACAACAGGUGGUGUGCCAGGCCAAUCAGAAUGGCUCUCAGGCAGAGUGCGAGCUGGGAAACCCCCUGAAGAGAGAUGCUAUACUGAAGUUCUACAUCAUCCUUAGCACCUCUGCUAUCACCAUAGAGACCACGGAACUCACUGUCAACCUCCUGCUGGCUACUAUCAGUGAACAGCGAGACCUGGCCCCAGUCAUAGCCGUGGCUAAAAUCAUCAUAGAGCUCCCCCUGGCUGUCAGUGGGCUGGCCAGACCCCACCAGCUGUUCUUCAGUGGGGCUGUGAAGGGGGAGAGCGCCAUGGAGACUCUGGACGAUGUGGGGAGUGCUGUGGAGUUUGAGUUUAUGGUGACCAACACCGGGCCGUCCCUGCAGACGCUAGGCUCCGCCUUCCUCAACAUCAUGUGGCCUCACGAGCUGUCCAAUGGGAAGUGGCUCCUGUACCCCACUUCUCUCCACUUCCAUGGCCAUCCAGAAACACCCUGUACCCCGCACACCUCCCUCAACCCACGCAAGUUCACCCACAGCUCUCCUUCUGACGACCAGCCACAGGCUGCAGGCCUGAAGCAGGCCAGGAGGAAGGGGCGGUCCCACCCAGAAGAGGAAGGGCAUGUGAUGACCAAGGGCAGUCUGGGUAGGACCACGCCUGCUGUGGCCGCCUCAGAGAGACGCAAGUCACUCAAACUGGACUGUCUGCUGGGUUCAGCGCGCUGUGUGCUGUUCCAGUGUCCUCUCUACAGCUUCUCUGGCUCAGCUGUCCUCAAGAUCCAGGGACGCCUUUGGAACAGCACCUUCCUGGAGGAGUUCCAAUCAGUCAGUGCUCUGGAGCUGCUGGUUAGAGCCAACAUCACAGUCAAGUCCAGCAUCAAACACCUGGUGCUGAGGGAUGCUGCCGCACAGGUCCCAGUGAUGAUUUACCCAGAGAUUGGUCUGACUGCCCAGUACUGGAUCCCCUGGUGGUGGGUCCUCAUAGCCAUCCUGGCUGGUAUCCUGGUGCUGGCUCUGCUGGUCUGCAUCCUCUGGAAGUGUGGUUUCUUCCGUCGGGUCCAGUAUGAAGAUAAAGUGCCUCAAUACCAUGCGGUGAAGAUCCCCCGUCAAGACCGGCCCCAGUUCCAGCAGAAGGCAGGGAUCCUCCAGAAGAAGGAGUGGGCCACACACUGGAGCGAUGGAAGCUCCUGAACAACAACAACAAACAAGGAGUAGAAUAAGAACAACAAACAGCCAUUCAACCCUAUGACACUCACUAACUCUGCAGUGGAACAAACGUGUGCAGACAGACUGACCGUGUCACAACAGUGUUGUGCACAUUGAGGCUAUGUCCUGAUUCUUCACCCUUCUUCUGAAGUGUGCACGUGCACACUUCCCGUCAUGGAUUUAUCAAUGGUGAAAGCUCACCCAAGCCAAUGCUAUUCUACUGUAUUCUACUGUAUUCUACUGUAUUCUACUUUUAAAAUGACUGGAUCAAUAUUCUGGACUGCUACUGCUACUGCUGACUGACUGACUAUCUGACUGACUAUCUGACUGACUGACUAUCUGACUGACUGAC